GCGGACAUUGUGAUAUAAUUGUGUGCUGUGCGAGAAAAUAUUUCCACAGCCCUGGAUGUGAUUGAUAUGCCAAUAUUAAUAUUCCUCCUGCUGUUCGGCUACGGCUGGGCUAGCUUGUUGCCUAACGGCUGUCCUGCAGACUUCAGUGUCCAUCGCUUGCUGCCACACGAGACCAACUGCGGCAAGUUCUACGCGUGCAGCAAUGGACGACGAAUACUUAUGCAGUGUCCCAGUGGACUCUCCUUUGAUGUGGAGCUACAGGAAUGUGAACCAUCCAACAAUGUUAAUUGUAAAACAGAACAUAUAAGCUCUAACGAAAAAGAAAAUGAAGAAGAAAGUGAAAGAGAAAAUGAAAAAGGAAGGACAAGGAAUAAGAGAUCUAAUAGUAAUUAUCUACCGAACGGCUGUCCGGUGGAAUUUAGUGUUAGCAAAUUGCUACCACAUAAGGACUGCGCCCGGUACUACCAAUGCUCAUUUGGUAUGAAAAUGGAGAGAUCUUGCCCAGCUGGACUACAUUUUAAUGCAGAAUUACAGAAAUGCGAUUGGCCGGAAAGCGCAGGUUGCGAAACUGAAUGGCUGCCAAACGGAUGCCCUAAGGACUUUCAAAAGCACCACCUCUUACCGCACGAGACUGAUUGUGGGAGGUUCUAUUAUUGUGUAUUCGGGGAGAAGGUCGAGAGGAACUGUCCAGCAGGGCUGCAUUUUGAUCCUCAGAAACAGGUUUGCAAUUGGCCACGCGAUGUUGACUGCACGUCUUCAACAACACAGCGACCUUCUACAACAUCGACAACAACAUAUAUGCCUUCAACAACGACAACAACUAAUGACCCAUCAACAACAUCAAAUAUGCCUUCAACAACGACAGCGACAAAUGGCCCUUCAACAACAACAACGCAAAACGAGCCUUCAACAACAACAACAACACAUUCGCCAACAACAAUGAAAACAACAACAACGACCGAAAUAACAUGGCUGCCCAACGGCUGUCCUGAAAGUUUCAACAUUCACCAUUUGAUUCCACAUGAAUACGAUUGUAAUAAGUUCUACAUUUGUGAUUUUGGUCAAAAAGUUGAAAGGAGCUGUGCACUUGGAACGUACUUUGAUCCAUCUUUGCAGAUUUGUAACUGGCCCUUUGCCGUAAAUUGUACAUCAUCAUCUACUCCAGGACCUCCAGCUACGACACAGGAGGCCACUUCCACAACAAGUACUACUACAACGACCCUACCACCUCCGACCUUGCCUCCUCAAACAACAACAACAACACAGGAGGUUCCAACUACAACAGAGGAGGUUCCAACUACAACAGAGGAGGUGACGACUACAACAAGUACUACUACGACGACUCUACCACCUCCGACCUUGCCUCCUCAAACAACAACAACACAGGAGGUUCCAACUAUAACAGAGGAGGUGACGACUUCAACAAGUACUACUACAACGACUCUAUCACCACCGACCUUGCCUCCUCAAACGACAACAACCACGGAGGAGGUUUCAACUACGACAGAGGAGGUGACGACUACAACAAGUACUACUACGACAACUCCACCACCUCCGACUUUGCCUCCUCAAACGACAACAACUACGGAGGAGGUUCCAACUACAACAGAGGAGGUGACGACUACAACAAGUACUACUACGACAACUCUACCACCUCCGACUUUGCCUCCUCAAACGACAACAACAACACAGGAGGUUCCAACUACAACAGAGAAGGUGACGACUACAACAAGUACUACUACUACGACUCUACCACCACCGACCUUGCCUCCUCAAACGACAACAACCACGGAGGAGGUUUCAACUACGACAGAGGAGGUGACGACUACAACAAGUACUACUACGACAACUCUACCACCGCCAACUUUGCCUCCUCAAACGACAACAACCACGGAGGAGGUUCCAACUACAACAGAGGAGGUGACGACUACAACAAGUACUACUACGACAACUCUACCACCUCCGACUUUGCCUCCUCAAACGACAACAACAACACAGGAGGUUCCAACUACAACAGAGAAGGUGACGACUACAACAAGUACUACUACUACGACUCUACCACCACCGACCUUGCCUCCUCAAACAACAACAACAACACAGGAGGUUCCAUCUACGACAGAAGAGGUGACGACUACAACAAGUACUACUACAACGACUCUUCCACCACCGACCUUGCCUCCUCAAACGACAACAACUACGGAGGAGGUUCCAACUACAACAGAGGAGGUGACGACUACAACAAGUACUACUACGACGACUCUACCACCUCCAACUUUGCCUCCGCAAACGACAACAACAACACAGGAGGUUCCAACUACAACAGAGGAGGUGACGACUACAACAAAUACUACUACGACAACUCUACCACCUCCGACUUUGCCUCCUCAAACGACAACAACCACGGAGGAGGUUCCAACUACGACAGAGGAGGUGACGACUACAACAACUAGCACUACUACAACGACUCUACCACCUCCGACCUUGCCUCCUCAAUCGACAACGACAACACAGGAGGUUCCAACUACAACAGAGGAGGUAACGACUACAACAAGUACUACUACGACGACUCUACCACCUCCAACUUUACCUCCUCAAACGACAACAAACACGGAGGAGGUUCCAACUACAACAGAGGAAGUGACGACUACAACAAGUACUACUACGACGACUCUACCACCUCCAACUUUGCCUCCGCAAACGACAACAACAACACAGGAGGUUCCAACUACAACAGAGGAGGUGACGACUACAACAAGUACUACUACGACAAUUCUACCACCUCCAACUUUGCCUCCUCAAACGACUACAACCACGGAGGAGGUUCCAACUACAACCGAGGAGGUGAAGACUACAACAAGUACUACUACGACAACUCUACCACCUCCGACUUUGCCUCCUCAAACGACAACAACCACGGAGGAGGUUUCAACUACGACAGAGGAGGUGACGACUACAACAAGUACUACUACGACAACUCUACCACCUCCAACUUUGCCUCCUCAAACGACAACAACCACGGAGGAGGUUCCAACUACAACAGAGGAAGUGACGACUACAACAAGUACUACUACGACGACUCUACCACCUCCAACUUUGCCUCCGCAAACGACAACAACAACACAGGAGGUUCCAACUACAACAGAGGAGGUGGCGACUACAACAAGUACUACUACGACAACUCUACCACCUCCAACUUUGCCUCCUCAAACGACUACAACCACGGAGGAGGUUCCAACUACAACCGAGGAGGUGAAGACUACAACAAGUACUACUACGACGACUCCACCACCUCCGACUUUGCCUCCUCAAACGACAACAACAACACAGGAGGUUCCAACUACAACAGAGGAGGUGACGACUACAACAAGUACUACUACGACAACUCUACCACCUCCGACUUUGCCUCCUCAAACGACAACAACCACGGAGGAGGUUUCAACUACGACAGAGGAGGUGACGACUACAACAAGUACUACUACGACAACUCUACCACCUCCAACGUUGCCUCCUCAAACGACAACAACCACGGAGGAGGUUCCAAUUACAACAGAGGAAGUGACGACUACAACAAGUACUACUACGACGACUCUACCACCUCCAACUUUGCCUCCGCAAACGACUUCAACAACACAGGAGGUUCCAACUACGACAGAGGAGGUGACGACUACAACAAGUACUACUACAACGACUCUACCACCACCGACUUUGCCUCCUCAAACGACAACAACCACGGAGGAGGUUUCAACUACGACAGAGGAGGUGACGACUACAAAGAGUACUACUACGACAACUCUACCACCUCCAACUUUGCCUCCUCAAACGACUACAACCACGGAGGAGGUUCCAACUACAACCGAGGAGGUGAAGACUACAACAAGUACUACUACGACGACUCUACCACCUCCGACUUUGCCUCCUCAAACGACAACAACCACGGAGGAGGUUUCAACUACGACAGAGGAGGUGACGACUACAACAAGUACUACUACGACAACUCUACCACCUCCAACUUUGCCUCCUCAAACGACAACAACCACGGAGGAGGUUCCAACUACAACAGAGGAAGUGACGACUACAACAAGUACUACUACGACGACUCUACCACCUCCAACUUUGCCUCCGCAAACGACUUCAACAACACAGGAGGUUCCAACUACAACAGAGGAGGUGGCGACUACAACAAGUACUACUACGACAACUCUACCACCUCCGACUUUGCCUCCUCAAACGACAACAACCAAGGAGGAGGUUUCAACUACGACAGAGGAGGUGACGACUACAACAAGUACUACUACAACGACUCUACCACCACCGACUUUGCCUCCUCAAACGACAACAACCACGGAGGAGGUUCCAACUACAACAGAGGAAGUGACGACUACAACAAGUACUACUACGACGACUCUACCACCUCCAACUUUGCCUCCGCAAACGACAACAACAACACAGGAGGUUCCAACUACAACAGAGGAGGUGACGACUACAACAAGUACUACUACAACGACUCUACCACCACCGACCUUGCCUCCUCAAACGACAACAACUACGGAGGAGGUUCCAACUCCAACAGAGGAGGUGACGACUACAACAAGUACUACUACGACAACUCCACCACCUCCGACUUUGCCUCCUCAAACGACAACAACAACACAGGAGGUUCCAACUACAACAGAGGAGGUGACGACUACAACAAGUACUACUACGACAACUCUACCACCUCCAACUUUGCCUCCUCAAACGACUACAACCACGGAGGAGGUUCCAACUACAACAGAGGAAGUGACGACUACAACAAGUACUACUACGACGACUCUACCACCUCCAACUUUGCCUCCGCAAACGACAACAACAACACAGGAGGUUCCAACUACAACAGAGGAGGUGACGACUACAACAAGUACUACUACGAAAACUCUACCACCUCCGACUUUGCCUCCUCAAACGACAACAACCACGGAGGAGGUUUCAACUACGACAGAGGAGGUGACGACUACAACAAGUACUACUACGACGACUCUACCACCUCCGACUUUGCCUCCUCAAACGACAACAACCACGGAGGAGGUUCCAACUACAACAGAGGAAGUGACGACUACAACAAGUACUACUACGACGACUCUACCACCUCCAACUUUGCCUCCGCAAACGACAACAACAACACAGGACGUUCCAACUACAACAGAGGAGGUGACGACUACAACAAGUACUACUACGACGACUCUACCACCUCCGACUUUGCCUCCUCAAACGACAACAACCACGGAGGAGGUUUCAACUACGACAGAGGAGGUGACGACUACAACAAGUACUACUACGACAACUCUGCCACCGCCAACUUUGCCUCCUCAAACGACAACAACCACGGAGGAGGUUCCAACUACAACAGAGGAAGUGACGACUACAACAAGUACUACUACGACGACUCUACCACCUCCAACUUUGCCUCCGCAAACGACAACAACAACACAGGAGGUUCCAACUACAACAGAGGAGGUGACGACUACAACAAGUACUACUACGAAAACUCUACCACCUCCGACUUUGCCUCCUCAAACGACAACAACCACGGAGGAGGUUUCAACUACGACAGAGGAGGUGACGACUACAACAAGUACUACUACGACAACUCUACCACCUCCAACUUUGCCUCCUCAAACGACAACAACCACGGAGGAGGUUCCAACUACAACAGAGGAAGUGACGACUACAACAAGUACUACUACGACGACUCUACCACCUCCAACUUUGCCUCCACAAACGACAACAACAACACAGGAGGUUCCAACUACAACAGAGGAGGUGACGACUACAACAAGUACUACUACGACGACUCUACCACCUCCGACUUUGCCUCCUCAAACGACAACAACCACGGAGGAGGUUUCAACUACGACAGAGGAGGUGACGACUACAACAAGUACUACUACGACAACUCUGCCACCGCCAACUUUGCCUCCUCAAACGACAACAACCACGGAGGAGGUUCCAACUACAACAGAGGAAGUGACGACUACAACAAGUACUACUACGACGACUCUACCACCUCCAACUUUGCCUCCGCAAACGACAACAAUAACACAGGAGGUUCCAACUACAACAGAGGAGGUGACGACUACAACAAGUACUACUACGAAAACUCUACCACCUCCGACUUUGCCUCCUCAAACGACAACAACCACGGAGGAGGUUUCAACUACGACAGAGGAGGUGACGACUACAACAAGUACUACUACGACAACUCUACCACCUCCAACUUUGCCUCCUCAAACGACAACAACCACGGAGGAGGUUCCAACUACAACAGAGGAAGUGACGACUACAACAAGUACUACUACGACGACUCUACCACCUCCAACUUUGCCUCCACAAACGACAACAACAACACAGGAGGUUCCAACUACAACAGAGGAGGUGACGACUACAACAAGUACUACUACGACAACUCUACCACCUCCGACUUUGCCUCCUCAAACGACAACAACCACGGAGGAGGUUCCAACUACAACAGAAGAGGUGACUACUACAACAAGUACUACUACUACGACUCUACCACCACCGACUUUGCCUCCUCAAACGACAACAACCACGGAGGAGGUUUCAACUACGACAGAGGAGGUGACGACUACAACAAGUACUACUACGACAACUCUACCACCUCCAACUUUGCCUCCUCAAACGACUACAACCACGGAGGAGGUUCCAACUACAACAGAGGAGGUGACGACUACAACAAGUACUACUACAACGACUCUAUCACCUCCGACCUUGCCUCCUCAAUCGACAACAACAACACAGGAGGUUCCAACUACAACAGAGGAGGUAACGACUACAACAAGUACUACUACGACGACUCUAGCACCUCCAACUUUGCCUCCUCAAACGACAACAACAACAACACAGGAGGUUCCAACUACAACAGAAGAGGUGACGACUACAACAAGUACUACUACUACGACUCUACCACCACCGACUUUGCCUCCUCAAACGACAACAACCACGGAAGAGGUUCCAACUACAACAGAAAAGGUGACGACUACAACAAGUACUACUACGACGACUCUACCACCUCCAACUUUGCCUCCUCAAACGACAACAACAACACAGGAGGUUCCAACUACAACAGAGGAGGUGACGACUACAACAAGUACUACUACGACAACUCUACCACCUCCGACUUUGCCUCCUCAAACGACCACAACCACGGAGGAGGUUCCAACUACAACAGAGGAGUUGACGACUACAACAACUAGCACUACUACAACGACAACAACAUCAAGUGACACGACAACACCCAAUGUGAUAUGCCCCCCAGGAUUAAUUGGGAAUGUGGCACAUCCGUAUGAAUGCAACAAAUACUAUUUGUGUCUUGGAGGUAUUGCUACUUUGCUGAUGUGCACUGCAGGUUUUGAAUUCGACCCAGUUUCAGCGACAUGCGUUGAGAUUUCUGAAAACGGGUGUUUUGCCGGCCAAGGCAAAUGGACUCCAACGUUAAUGCCAACAACAACUGAAGCUGUAUUUACAACAACAGGGGCUACUGAUGGAACUGACACGACAAUCAGACCAACAACUGAUAUACCUUUCGAAACUACUGUACCAUCUAUUCAAACUACAAUUUCACAAGAAACUACAGUAAUAAGUAAUAAAACAACAACUCAGUCAGGAACAACUGCUGCUAGUGACGAAACAACAACGGAUUCGUACACACCAGUUUCUAAUAAUGAAACUACAACAACUAACGGAACUACGACUGAUUCUUACUCAAUAAAACCAAGUGAUGAAACAACAACAGACUCUUACUCAACUGUUCCCAGUAAUAAAACUACAUCUGAGGCUUAUACAACAGUUACUAGUAACGAAACAGCAACAGAGUCUUACUCGACUGUUUCCAGUAACGAAACCAUAACUGAGGCUUAUACAACAGUUACUAGUAACGAAACAGCAACAGAAUCUUACUCAACUGUUCCCAGUAACGAAACAACAACUGAGGCUUAUACAACAGUUUCUAGUAACAAAACAGUAACAGAGUCUUAUUCAACUGUUCCUAGUAAUUCAACAACAACAGAGUCUUACGCAACUGUUCCAAGUGACGAAACAACAAUUGAGACUUAUACAACAGUUACUAGUAACGAAACAGCUUCAGAGUCUUACUCAACUGUUCCCAGUAGUGAAACAACAACAGAGUCUUACUCAACUGUUCCCAGUAAUAAAACAACAACAGAGUCGUACGUAACUGUUCCCGGUAACGAAAAAACAACUGCGACUUACUCAACAGUUGAUAGUAACGAAACAGCAACAGAGUCUUACUCAACUGUUCCUAGUAAUGAAACAACAACAGAGUCGUACUCAACUGUUUCCAGUAAUGAAACAACAACAGAGUCUUUCUCAACUAUUCCCAGUAACGAAACAACAACUGAGGCUUAUACAACAGUUGCUGGUAACGAAACAGCAACUGACUCUUACUCAACUGUUCCCAGUAACGAAACAACAACAGUGUCUUACACAACGAUUGCUGGUAACGAAACAACAGUAGCAAUUUCAUCAACAAUUUCAAGUAAUGAGACAACGACGCAAUAUGAAACGACUGUCCCUAUUCACGAAACAACAACGAAUUCUUACACAACAGUUUCUAGUAUUGAUUCAACAACAGAAUUUAUAACAACAACAGAGUCUGGAACGCUAAUUGAUGAAUCAACUACGGAAUUUCUAACAACAGUACCAACCGCUUAUACAACAGACAAACAAACCACUUCACCUCGUUUUUCUACAACGGAUAGGCCUAUGGAAACAACUGCGGGUAAAAUAGAGAUAACAACAGAAUAUAUUCCAACAACAGUUGGUAUACCAGCAGACAUAUGCCCGCCAGGUUUCUUCGGGAAUUUAGCGCACCCGGAAUUGUGUAACAAGUAUUUCUUGUGUUUGGGAGGAGGUGCACCGAUUUUACUACUUGAGUGUGGGGCCAAUACUGAGUUCAAUCAGGAUGUUCAGGAUUGCGUCGAAAUAUCUGAGAACGGCUGUUUCGCCGGUCAAGGUAAAUGGACGCCUACGGAAUCACAAACCACUGACUCGUACACAACUAUUCGAGAUACAGAAACUACCACAAAGGACAAUGGUCACGGUGAAUUGGAUCCAACAACAGAAAGAAAAAGUACUGUUAGCAAUACAACAGCAGAAGACUUUGAGACUACAUCAGUUUUAGUUCAGACUACAGUUGAUAAUACUGCCACUACAGCACCUGUAGAAACCACCACUAGCAAUAUAUGUCCACCAGGUUAUUCUGGUUAUAUACCAGACCCCGUGCAGUGUGACAGAUUCUUCCAUUGUGUUGUUGGUAAUGCCUUACCACUUUAUUGUCCAGUUGGAAUGGAGUUUGAUCCUACAAUUAAACAAUGUGCACCGAUUUCUGAAAACGGUUGUUUUGCCGCUCAAGGAAAAUGGACGCCAACUGAGGAACAGACAACUAAUUCUGGCACCUCCCAAGGUACAACUGGUAACAAUAAUGCUGAUACUGAAACAACGACAACUGUAGUUGAUGAGAUAACAACAAACAAGGAAACAACAAUGGAUGAUAGAAAAACCACAACUGAAGGAACUGAUGAAGAUGUCAUAACGACAACUAUUAGCUCAGAAGAUUCUAAAACAACUGUCGAUUUUAUUAAAACAACAAAACAAGAAAGCGAAAAUCAAGAUUCUACAACAGAACAUGAAACAACUAAAAUAUUUUAUACUACAGUAAAAAAUGACAAUGAAGAUUCUACAAGAUAUCAACAAACAACAAUUCAAACAGUUCCAACAACAGAAAAAAAUGAUAAUAAAGAUUCCACUCGUGAUCAACCUUCCACAAUAAAAAUAGAUUCAACUACAAUAUCAGAUGGAGUUAAUACAGAGAAAAUUACGAGAGAUACAACGGUUGAAGUAUCACUAACUACUUCGAGUACUGUAAACGAUCCUUCAGCAAAUAUAUGCAUGCCAGGUUUUUCAGGCUUCAUACCAGACCCUUUAGCCUGUAACAGUUUUUACCAAUGUAUUGUUGGCCAUCCUAUAAGAUUGUUCUGUGGUUCUGGAACUGAAUUCGAUCCGGUUUCUUUGCAAUGCGUGCCAAUAUCUGCGCAAGGCUGUUACGCUUCCAAGGGACUGUUCACACCGACUGAAAAAGAACAACAGACAACAGAUGCGUAUACAGUCGCACCUGGCGAGUCUGAUGAAAAGGCAACCCCGAAGUAUCUAACAACAACAACAAAGUCUAAAGGUGUGAACGAAGAUGAGAAAGACGAUAUAAACGUUAAAACGACAGCGUCUGUUGAAAUGACAACAAGGAGUGUCUGCCCGCCUAACGUCUUUGGCAACGUGGCGGAUCCGGAACGGUGUGACAGAUUCUUCAUGUGUGCAGCCGGUGUUUCCAUACCACUUUACUGCAGUGACGGGUUCGAAUUCGAUGACACGAUUCAACAAUGCGUGAAUAUUUCCGAAAAUGGAUGUUUCGCAAGACAGCAAAAGACGGAUAAAACUGCAACAGAAGUAUAUACAACAUCAGAACUGCCAGCAACUAUUGCUGAUGAUAAAACUGCAAAGAAUGAUGAAACAACAACAGAAAAUGUUGAAACAACAACAGCUGAUGAUGUGACAACAACAGUUUUAUGUCCUCCGGGAGUUUUUGGAAAUGUGCCAGAUCCGAAACGCUGUGAUAAGUUUCAUAUGUGCACCGGUGGUACUUCCAUUCCUUUGUACUGCUCUGACGGGUUCGAAUUCGAUCCCAUUAAAAGGCAAUGUGUGGUGAUAACUGAAAAUGGGUGUACGGCGGCAUCGAAAACGUAAAACAAACGAACAUGACCAUUGUACUUGGACUCUCGACAUGCGGCCUUGUUAAAACAAAUUACUGAUAAGAAAAUGAUUAAAAUCAUGAAACUUCGAAGUUUUAAUAUUAGUAGUUAUAUCUACUUUUCCUUCACUGGAUAAAAAUAGUGAACGGGUUAUUUCUUGCAAGAAAGCGUUAGUUAUUAGGUACUUAUUGCAACUUGCGAUGCGUUUAUGACGCUCUCACUGCGAUCAAAUAACGGAACUAUAAAUAUAAGUAAAACGAUUUGAAACACGUAGUUGUUUCUAUCUAUAGAUAAGAAUUCAAUCGUUUUUCAAGCUAACUUUCUUGUUUCGAUUAAAAAAGUUCUUGCAGGGGUAUACUUCUCAUGAACCUCUACCCCUACGUAUUACCCAAACCACCAUGAACUCCUAAGAAUCCAAGGCACAGUCAAGAUGGCGAACGAAGCUACACACAGGUGUUUUAAGGACGUCUCAGAUAGGUCUGAGCGUGUAAUAGGAGUAUGCAUAGUAAAUGUCUAUGGCUAGAACUAAGAAAUACUGUCUUUCUGAUAAUAUUUGAUAUUAUCAGGAAGGUCUAAUCAGAAAAUGAUGGUGAUAACGUUGAUCAAAACAUACUAUGUCUCGUUAAUAAUAUUCUAUUUUUAAAGAAAUCCGAAAUUAGAUUAAAUACCGAGUAUUCCGUUUAAUUUUUAACGAGGCAACGAUCAGAAAGUUCCGUACAAAAAAAUUGUUAACAUACCGAAAACAUUAACAAUGUUAUCAGAUCAA